CGGACUCGGAGGCUCGGCGCCGUCCUCGCACGUAACCGUUGAAGUCUCCCGGACGCCCAAUUAGACGGCGGACAGCGCCGCGCCGCACCUGUUCCCCACCUUCGGAGAGAAAGAUGCAGGAGGUGGGCAGUACCCAGCGAGGCUCUCAGCGGGCCUUCAGCGUCCUGGAUCGUCUGCUGCUCACACAUCCUGUGUGGCUGCAGCUGUCGCUCAACCAAGACUCUGCCCUCUACAUCCUGCUCAGAGAGCCUGUUGGGACCUUUCUGGUGCGUAAAUGCAGCGCCAGCCAGAGGAAGGUGCUGUGCUUGAGAGUGACAGCGGACAGAAGUGCCUCCUCUGUCAAGGAGUGCUUCAUCUGUGAGGAGGACUCCACAUUCGCCUUGGAGAGCUCAGCACUCAGCUUCCCUGACUUGUGUCGACUGGUGGCCUUCUACUGUAUCAGCAGGGAUGUGUUGCCUUUCCCACUGGAGCUACCAGAGGCUAUUGCUAAAGCCACAACUCACAGGCAGCUGGAGGCCAUUUCACACAUGGGACAAGACUUCUGGAGCUCGCCGAGUGCUUCAGACAUCCAAAACGGACCGGUGGACCCAUUGGCAUCGACCAGCGCCAGCCAGGCCCAGACAGUGGUGACCCAGGACCAAUGUGCCCUGCUGACCCAAGGCAAACAAGGCAAAGUCUGCUUCAUCAACCCGCUGUUCCUGCAGCUGGAGGUCAGCAAGCAGCCACAACUCACAAACCACAGUGCCUCCAAUAAACGGCACCGCUUCAAGCGCAGCAUGCGGCUCCGGCUCUCCGAGUCCUCCAUGAAUUUGUCGCUGGAGGGGGUCGGCUCCUACUCGCCUCCCCCCUCAGUGGAGCAGCCCGCUGGGCCAGAGAAGCUGCAGAAGGCUGGCACUAACCCACAGAGGAGAGUUCAUGCUGGGGCAGGGAUCCUGAGGAGAACCCCGGCUGUAUCGCCGGGUUCUGCAGAGGAAGAGGACAUGAUGUCUGCCUGUGUGCCCGAGACAUCUGCCAAGGUGGAAGAGUCUCCGAAGACCCAGCAGUCAGCCCAAGCAGAGGAGCCAGGCAUCGAGGUUGCGGUUCUGGCCCUGGACCGCCGCGUGGCUCCGUCCCUGGCCGAGCUCGACAGCAGCAGCUCCUUCAGCAGUAUGGAUGAGGACAGUGACUGGGAUUCAGAUCCAGAAAGCAUGGUCCAAACCCAGAGGUACACCUACCCGCGCCCGCCACUCAUGCGAUCCCGAGGCCGCGGGGGGCUGCACCGUAUGAGUGAGGCGUUUGUGUGUUUCUUUGCUCCGGACAAGCGGCUGACGCGACUGGUGGAGGAGCUGUCCAGAGACAGGCGCUCCAUCUUCGGGGGCAUGGUUCAGGACUUCCUCCUGGCGCAGAGGGAGGUGCUCAAAUCCCUGGCCUCAUCUUCUUCAUCAUCGUCCUCUUCCUCAUCUCUUGUGAGCUCUGUGCAGCUCCUGCAGGGUCUGCGGCUCUUUCUGUCCCAGGCAAAGUGCUGCUUGCUGGACAGCGGAGAGCUAGAGCCUCCCAUUGAAACCCUGGUGCCAGAGAACGAGAAAGACCUGGCACUGGAGCGAGCCAUGUUCUCCUGCGUGCUCAGGCCUCUGAGGUCGCACCUCGAAAAAGCCCUGGUGGCGUUGCACAAUCAGGACGGCUCCAGCCAGCGUCUCUCCCAGAACCUGCUCCGUCUGAAAGGGGACGCCGCCAUGGAGCAGCUCGGCGUGCAGACGGGUGUCCCGGACAGCCGCGAGGUGGAGAGGGUGAAGCAGAAGCUGGGCCUGAUGCAGAAGACGCACUCGCCCAUCGACAAAGUGCUGCUGCUGUUACAAGUGUGCAAGUGCGUCCACAAAGCCAUGGGGUCCUUACAUGGACAGGAAGUGAGCUGGGAUGACUUCCUGCCAUCGUUGUCUUACGUAAUUGUGGAGUGUAACAGGCCCCACAUCCUGAUAGAGGUGGAGUACAUGAUGGAGCUGCUGGAGCCCUCCUGGCUCGGAGGAGAGGGUGGGUACUACCUGACUAGUGUGUAUGCUAGCCUUUGUCUGAUCCAGAGCCUGGACGGGGAAAAACCGUUCUCAGGCUGCCUGACGCUGGAGGCCCAGGAGGCGCUGAAGGAGUGGAGCUGCAGACGGAGCCGGGAAGCCCAGAGACAAAAGGAGAGCCAGCAGAGCCAGAGGUGCGUUCGGAUACUGUUCCAGGACGGGGAGCGGAGCGCCAUUCGGACGUUGCAGUGGAGAGCCGGGGAAACCAGCCAGGCCCUGGCACAGCUGUGUGCCACCACCUUCGGAGUGUCCGACCCGCAGCAAUACACCCUGUACUGGCGCAGCGGUGGUGAGAUGAGGGCCCUGCCGCCUCAGGCUCAGCCCCAGGACCUGGCCAGCCACAGCGAGGGAGGCCCCUCGCUCUCCUACCUGAGGACCGACCACGACUUCAGCAAAAUGCGUCGGCUCACCAGAGGUGGCGCCGUGGACCUAAGCGAGUCGGUGUGUGAGGAGUGA